AUGUCGGUCGCAAGCAAGAACCUGUUCGAGCUCCUCGGCAACGAUGCCGAGGAUGACACUCCUCAGGCGCCCGUGAAGACGGUUGAGAAGAACUCUCUGCGCUCAACCAAGCGCGGCGUCGAGCCCGAGGCCCCUUCCCGUGCCCCCGCUGCCGGUGGUGCCCGUCGCAACAACGCCUCUGGCAACGAGGCUGGCCGUGGUGGACGUUUCCCCCGUGAGCGUGAUGACCGCCAGUCUAAGGGUCUCGCCAGCGGCUCCGAGAAGCAGGCUGCCCAGUCUUGGGGCGCCACCGAGGGUGAGGCUGAGCGCAAGGACGAGGUUGCCGGCGAGGCCAUUGCCCAGGCUGAGGCUAAGGACGCUGAGGCCGAGGCCGCCGCUCCCCUCGAGCCCGAGGAGCCCGAGGAGAAGCAGGUCUCCUACACCGAGUACCUUGCCCAGCUUGCCGAGAAGAAGCUCGCCAUCGAGGGCAACAACAAGGUCCGCGAGGCCAACGAGGGCACCAAGCUCAAGAAGGAGUGGGCUUCCGCCAAGGAGGUCUCCCGCGAUGAGGAUGAGAACUUCAUGAUCGGCACCGGUGGCAAGACCAAGCGCGAGCGUGAGCGCAAGACCAAGCAGCUCUUGGAUAUCGACCAGCGUUACGUCGAGCCCGAGCGCUCUUCCCGCGGCGGUGCCGGCGGCCCCCGUGGUGGCCGUGGCGGUCCCCGUGGCGGUGCCCGCGGUGGUGACCGUGGUGACCGUGGCGGUCGCGUACGCGGCGAUGGUGCCCGCGGUGCCCCCCGUGGUGGUGCCCCCCGUGGCGGCCGUCCCCAGGGCGCGCAGAUCAACACUAAGGACGAGUCUGCGUUCCCCAGCCUCGGCGGCAAAUAA